CAGCCCAUUUAUUUUUAUUUUUUUUGGCUGUGUUUCAGACUGAACCCUAAAAACGUGCACCAGCGGCCCACGGUGGCGCUGCUCUGUGGUCCCCACGUGAAGGGGGCCCAGGGCAUCAGCUGUGGCCGCCACCUCUCCAACCACGAUGUCCACGUCAUCCUCUUCCUCCCCAACUUCGUCAAGAUGCUGGAGUCCAUCACCAACGAGCUGAACCUGUUCAGCAAGACACAGGGUCAGCAGGUGUCCAGUGUCAAAGACCUCCCAGACACCCCGGUUGACUUAGUGAUCAACUGCCUGGAUUGUCACGAAAAUGCCUUUCUGAGAGACCAGCCUUGGUACAAAGCAGUGGUGGACUGGGCCAACCAGAACCGGGCCCCUGUGCUGAGCAUAGACCCCCCCAUGAGCGAGAUGGAGCUGGGCAUCGAUGCCAAGUGGUCGCUGGCCCUGGGGCUGCCGCUGCCGCUGGGCGAGCGUGCUGGGCGUGUCUACCUCUGUGACAUUGGCAUUCCCCAGAAGGUCUUUCAGGAGGUGGGCAUCAACUACCACUCACCCUUUGGCUGCAAAUUCGUCAUCCCCCUGCACUCUACUUAGAGCCCUCCUAAGAGGAGGGAGGAGCUCUGU